AUGCUGAAGCUCGCCGCGACGUACGCCGCAAAGCGGACGACGAACGACAGAAGCGGCGCGUGGCACGCGCUAACCCGUGGCCUGCGCCGCCAGGCCGAACUUAAUCGCCGUGUGGCCAGCGACCUGCCUCUGGCCUUCAAGUGGCUCUACCUCUUGACGAACGCGCCAUUUUUCUACGUCGGCUACGCCACGCUCCGCGACGGCCACGUGCUGCCCUGGUGUGGCCCGCCCGCGAUCGCCGCGGCGUUGACGUGGGCGGCCGGUGCCGCUAGCGUCCUGUUCCACGGCACGCAGUGCGGCUGCUGGACCUUCGAA